AUGUUCUACGUUGCAUCUCCAUUUUUUCCUGGUCGUUUCAUUGCUGUAGCUAUGGGGAUUCGUUUCAUCGUUAUGGUAACAAUAUGGAGUCUCAUAUUCAUAAAUUCAUUAUUCAACCAAGGAGCUCCUAUUUCUUUGAAUGAAAGUUACUGUGGCCCAUGUCCUAAAAACUGGAUAUGUUAUAAAAAUAACUGUUACCAAUUUUUUAAUGAGAGCAAAAGCUGGUACAAGAGUCGAGCCUCUUGUGAUAAGAAAGCACGGGGAUUGCAGUUAUGGUUUAUUUGUGGUUUCAAACAGGAUUUCUUCAAACUGGUGAAGUCAUAUCACUGGAUGGGCCUUGUGCGAAUUCCAACAAAUGGGUCCUGGCAGUGGGAAGACGGAUCCCUUCUCUUACCUAACCAACUAACGAUAGUCGAAAUGAGGAACGGCUCCUGUGUCGUCUAUGGCUCCAGCUUUAAAGGCUAUACAGAAGACUGUUUAACUCCAUACACUUACAUCUGCAUGCAGAGGAUUGUGUAAGGUGCUUAUGAUUUACAAAUCAUAAAGGGUGCAGAAGACACAGAAGCCAUCCUUGCAUGUUCUCUCCAAUUUCCAUGAAGAAAAUUUCUAUUAGAAGGU